UGUGUGUGUGUGUGUGUGUCAGCGCCUGAACUCUGUAAUUCGCAGCAGAUGACCACUUGUGGAGGCUUCACUGGGGAGGUGAGGCAGCAUCAGAGCGCACUAAUCUGCUCCGUGGAUGAUGCUGCUCAGUGAUGGAGUCAUGUACUUGAGACGUGCAACACUUUCCAAAGCAGCUGGUGAAUUAUGGAAGAGCCGGUGUCCAGCCUGACAGACGAGAGGGGCGACUGCACCUGAACGCGAAUGCCGCAUCAGACUGUGCCAGCCGCGCUGUGGCGAUGGAUACCAGCAAUUUCCUGGCUUGGAUAUGUUUCAUCCUGCUGUCGCUCAGUGGGCUCUUAUCUUCCUCACCGGCGAUGGACUUUUGUCCCGACCGCUGCGACUGUCAGCACUCUCAGCACCUCAUGUGCACGAACCGCGGUUUGCGGACUGUGCCAAAACCCGCCGCACUGGUGGCUGAGGACCUGCUGAUCUUCAGCCUUGGGGGUAACUUCAUCACUAACAUCUCUGCCUUCGACUUCACACGGUACAGUAACCUUAUAAGGCUGAAUUUACAGUACAAUGAAAUAGGAAGUAUUCACCCAAAAGCGUUUGAGAAACUCUCAAAGCUAGAAGAGCUGUAUUUGGGACAUAAUCUUUUAUCAGAUAUACCUGCCGGGACUUUAGAGCCCCUGAAGAAAUUAACUAUUCUCUGUGGGAAUAACAAUGACAUUAAGAAAAUCACACCGGAGCUCUUUUCCAACUUGGAUAAUCUUGUUAAACUACGCCUGGAUGGCAACUCAUUAGAAGUUUUGCAGGACUCUGUUUUUAACAGUCUGACCGGUCUACAUUAUCUCCAUCUGGAAUCCAACAAACUGCGGCACAUUCACAGGAACGCUUUCUCUAAACUAACCAACCUGCGCUUUCUAAACCUGGCGCACAACAAGCAGACGGCCGUGCGCAAUGUCCUCACUUUUUCCCAGCUCAGAGCUUUGACAACUUUGCUGCUGUCUGAAAAUGAAAUCCAAUUCAUCGGAAACCACGCCUUCCAAAAUUUGAAAAAGCUAUCCAAGCUUUCCCUUAGCAACAACAGAAUCUCUCGUAUGGACACCGGCGCUCUAAAGGGACUGUCGAGCCUCAGAGAGCUUCUGAUUGACGGCAACGAGCUGGUAGAAAUCCCCGCCGUUCUCCUGGACCCUCUGGAGCACAUUGAGGAGCUGGACUUCAGCCGCAACCGGAUUUCCAACGUGGACUCUUUGGCUUUUUCGAGACUGAAACACCUGAAGGUGCUGAAGCUCAAGAACAACCUCCUCACUAGUCUUUCCGGUGACAUUUUUGCCCUCAACAACGUGCUUUACGACUUGGAUCUCCAUGGCAACAACUGGACGUGCGACUGUCGCCUGGAGGAGCUGAAGAGAUGGAUGACUGCUGCGCAUUCUCAGGGCAAACUGUUGACUGUAUUUGUGCAAUGCCAUUACCCAGCAACGCUGAGGGGGAAAUAUCUGGACUAUGUGAACAGCUCCCAGCUGCAGCCCCUUGGGAACUGGACCCAUUUGUGUAGGAGUCAAGCUGGGCCCGAGGAGAGCCGGGGAGGGGGUGUGCUAGUAAAGGUGGAGGGCACAGAGGGAGGAGAGGCAGAUGCAACAAAGCCUGAGGAUGGAGAGUGGACAGGUGAAGAGGGUCAGCUGGAAAAAAGUGGAGUACAAACAGCAGAAGUGGCGGAAACGAGAGAUUUGACAGAGAGCAACAAGGAUGGAGUGAUGAUGAGGAGGAAAGAGGGAGAAAAAAGGAAAAGAGAGGGGCAGGAAGAAGUGGAAAUCCAAGGAGACCAAGGGGGUCCAGAGGUGACAGAACCUUCAUCUUUCUUGGAAAGAAAAAAACCAAAGAAGGAGUCACUCAGCCAAAGAUCACGGCCUGCUGCAGAUUCAGCUGAGAAGCGUUCCAAAGGGAGACGAAGGUCAGAUGCUAUUUCCAAAACUGAUCCGUCUGCUAUUCCAACACCAAGUCAUGAAACUAACACCAGGCUGACUACUACUUCUCCUGUCCAGUCAGGAGAGAAGUUCGAUCUCCUAAGGUCAGAUCAGAAGGAGGGUCUGCCUGUAAUUACAGAUCCAUGUGUGUUCAACCGUCAUUUCAUCACCAAUGUGUCGGUGGAUGAAGUGACGUCUAGCACCGUUACUGUCGACUGGACUACCAGAGAUCAUCACCGCUACACACCAGGACCUGGACCAGGCCUCAACGAAGUCCACUACCGAGUUCUGUUCGACAGGUUUGGCACUCCGGAUCGCUUCCCCCGCUACGUUUAUGCCCAUGGCACAGCUCGCUCUGUGACCCUUCGAGAACUCAGCUCAGAUGUGACCUACAUGGUCUGUGUGGAAGGAGUGGUUGGAGGAUCUGUGUGUCAAGUGGCACCCCGGGACCACUGUGCAGGACUGGUCACCCUCCCAGAGAGGUCCAGGCGGGGAGCCACGCUGACCUCUGACCUCCAGCUGGUGACGGUGGCGACGCUAGCAGGGAAUGCCGUCUUGCUGCUCGUCGUUGGUGGGAUCUGGUUGGGCCGGAGCCUGAGGAAGAGGUUGCAGAGGAGGAAGUCGGCUGUGCAUGUGCGCCACAUGUACUCCACCAGGCGCCCGUUUCGUCCCGCCAUGGCGACGGCCUCUGUGUCCGCUGACUUCACCAGCUACCAAAGCAGUCGACCAGCUCGACUUGCACCACUAGAGGAAGGGGACCUCAUUGAGUUCCCCUGCGACCGCUUUAUGGACAGCAGCAGCGUCCGCAGAGACAGUGACAUGCAGAGAUUCUCUGACUAGAACCACAAAAACUCAAAUCUAACUCAAAUGUUGACACUGUACAACAGAAAAAUAUGUGAAUUUGUACUGUUUCUGUUUUUUGUUUAGCUUUUACAAUACAAAUUCCUGUCAGUACAAAUGGUGCAUUAUCACAUUUAAAACGUUGCUGUGUUUGCAGCUGCAAACAAACCGAGUCAACAAUCCCACAAGAGAACUUUAAAACGACUAGAACGGCUAGAACAAUUCUUUGAGCCCUUUUCAGACACCGGAGGAAAUCCAAUCCCUCUGACUUCCUCAUCCUGCUUUGUGCAUUUCCUCUUUCAUUUCCUUGCACCUGUGAGUGUUUCUAAAUGUGUGAUUUGUCGUGAGCGUGUACGCAUGAAUGUUGUACCACUGAUUUCACCUACGGUGCUAAUACUGAGUUGACAGACAUUAUAUUGUCUCAUAUUUGUACAGAAUGAAAUGAUGGCUGCUCAGUGGCAGGAAAAACACUUGUUUUGUACCACAUGUAUCAUGUUUUAUACUUUUAUAUGGAACUUUUUAUAAUUUUUGCAUUACAGAAAGAAGUAAAAUCCCCAACAAUGUGA